AUGAACACUACUCCACAGGGCGACAACCUCCUAACAGCGCUUGCUGCUGGAUGCACCGCAUCGGGUCUUGCAGCCCUUUUCACUUUCCCGCUUGAUUUCGCUAAAACCAGGCAACAGUUGACGAACCAGGCAGCUAGAACGGAGCACAAGGUCUACGUCAAUAUUGGAAGCAUCUCGCAUGUGAUGACUGGUUCAAGUGCACUUGUAGCAGGAAGUGUUGUCAAGAACUUCUCGCGUAUUGUGUCCUACAAUUGGGCAUCGAAUUUCAUGGCAAUCGAUACUCGUUCGGAGAAGAAGAAGACCAGUGCUCCGCGUGUUGUCAUUGCGGCAGCCAUGACUGGAUUUAUGGAGUCGUUGUGGAUUGUUCCUUUCGAGCGAAUCAAAACUACCAUGAUCGAGAACAGGUUGUUGGAAGCUGAGAAAGCAGGCAACCUGAACCCUGCCUUGGACAUUACCCGAGGUAAACUCAAAACCCACCAUAAGAAUUCCGUUACGGCACGUCAAUAUCUUCUGCCGCACGCGUACUACACCUCUGAGGUGGUGAAUAUGCUCAAGAGCGGGAAAACUCACUCUAAAUUUCUGACCCACACUCAUCUGCAUGGCCAAGCACAUUUGGAUGCUUUGAAAAUUGAAUUUAAUAAGACUCCUGCCUUGACUUUCUUCAAGACAGUUCGCCAGAUGUACGCUUUGGAAGGUAUCCAUGCAUUCACAGCUGGUACAAUGAUAACUCUCUUGCGCCAAUGUGGUACAUCUGCCGCAUGGUUCUCUACUUACAAUGCCACGAGGCAAUUGAUCGAUCCACAUGGAAACUCGGCCGAACCUCGCUGGUUUUCGCGCCAAAUUGGCACAACGCAGCAAUCCUUCUUGUACCUAGUGUCUGCGUUGGCAACUGUUGCCGUGACUCAACCUAUUGAUGUCGUCAAAUCGCAUAUUCAGCUGAAAAAUGGAAAACUCUUGUAUAAAGACUCCCUCACUACUGCUUACAAAUUGGUAGCCAAAAAGGGCUUCUGGCUGUUGUACGCUGGUGCUUUCCCUAGAGGUUUGAAGAUCGCUGCUCACGGCUCUCUUACGGCUUUAUUGUACAGCUAUGUCGAGAAGAGUCUCAAUGUCAUGGGCAACGAGUUUGUAUUCACGGACUAA